GAUCACAUCUCUUUUACUGCACCAGAUCUACCCUGUGUAUGAAACUAUGAAUCAAAACCAAACAAAAAGAACAAUAAAAAUUCCAAAUCCACCAAAUCCAAUAAAAAAAAUUAAAAAAAAAAAUCAGCUACCUUCCUUCCUUCGUUCGCUUCGCAAAUUUCCAGAACCCAUCAUCACCGACACAUCUCUUCAACCUCCUCCACCGUCUGUCUCGCUCUCUAAAAGCUUUGAUAUUUCUUUCAAGAAACAGAGAAGAAGCCCACCAUGGAUCUUGCAACAGAAGAGCUACAAUUCUUGACGAUACCAGAAAUCUUAAAGGAAUCUAUUUCAAUCCCAAAACAAUCACCAAAAACUUUUCAGCUAAUCACCGUUGCUUUAAUCUUUCCUUUAUCUUUUGCAAUCUUGGCGCAUUCUCUUUUUACUCAUCCUCUAUUAGACCAAAUUCAAGAUCACCCAUCAAGCCAAAACACUCAUCAAUGGACCCUUCUUUUGGUUUUUCAAUUCUUUUAUUUAAUCUUUUUGUUUGCCUUCUCUCUUCUAUCAACUGCUGCUGUUGUUUUCACUGUUGCUUCUCUUUACACUUCAAAGCCUGUUUCUUUUUCCUCUACCACGUCUGCUAUCCCUCAAGUUUUUAAGCGUUUGUUUAUCACUUUCUUGUGGGUUUGUUUGUUGAUGUUGGUUUAUAAUUCUGUUUUCUUGCUCUUCUUGGUGAUUUUGAUUGUUGGUAUUGAUAUUCAGAACACCCUCUUGGUUUUGUUCUCCUUGAUGGUGAUUGGUGUGCUUUUCUUGGUUGUUCAUGUUUAUAUAACUGCACUUUGGCAUUUGGCUAGUGUGGUUUCUGUCUUGGAGCCAGUUUAUGGUCUUGUUGCUAUGAAAAAGAGUUACGAGUUGUUGAAAGGGAAGAUUCGAGUGGCCGGUGUUCUUGUUUUUGGGUAUUUGUCUAUUUGUGGAUUGGUUUCUAUGGUUUUUGCAACUGUUGUGGUUCAUGGUGGAGAUAAAUAUGGAGUGUUUACAAGGAUUGUUGUUGGUGGUUUCUUGGUUGGGGCUUUGGUGAUUGUGAAUUUGGUGGGAUUGUUGGUGCAAAGUGUGUUUUAUUAUGUUUGCAAGAGUUAUCAUCAUCAAGGGAUUGAUAAGACUGCCUUACAUGAGCAUCUUGGUGGGUAUCUUGGAGAGUAUGUGCCUUUGAAAAGCAGCAUUCAGAUGGAGAACCUGGAUGCCUGAGCUGGUGGAAACACAGAGGAAGACAGAAUUGGCAUCAUUAGUAAGCUGUUAUGUAUGUAAUCUUUGAGAUGGUUGUGUGGAAACUUGUUUAAAUUGGUCUCCUUUUCUUUGAGAAUGUGUGUCAGACUGUCAAUUCAACGAUGAUACGAUGUUCUUUAUUCCACUGGUUGACAUUGCUUACCACAGUUCCUGAUUAAUUUUAUUUAUUGGUUGUGUUGCUUUAGUA